UGAAUGAAGAAAUGAGAUCACUUGCGAAUGAGAUGAUAAAAAUUAGAGAUAAAUUGACAGAAAGAGAAAAUGAUAUUACAAAAUCUAAUGAAAUAAUUAAAAAAAUGAACAAAGACUGCAAACAUUUGGCAUCAAAGGUGCGAACAUAUGAGACUGAACUACAAGAAAAUAAAAAUCUGAAUGCUUCAAAUUUAUUGAAGAUUGAGAAUCUAAACAAUGAAUUAAAACAGAAUAAAAACGAAUUAGAAGAAAUCAAAAAUAUAAACAAAGAAAUCCACCAUGAGUUGAGUGAAAAGACAAACCGAAUCGACGAACUAACAGAAAAAGAACAAACAUCUCAGAAUGUCAUUGCUUGGCUUCAUAAACAGUUAAAUGAAAUGCAAGUAUCACAUCAAGUUAUUCGCUAUAAUAAACAAGUCGAAAAUAAAUCUGUAUCUAUGUACUUAUUCAAUGCAAUUAGUUAG